AGCAGUCACUGCAAAGUGUGAAAGCAAACUCUGCCAUCUCUUGGACUGCUCCGAGUGGACAGACGGCCUCACAUAAUGCCAUCUUUCGAUGAGGUUUUGAAGGAAGCUGGGGAAUUUGGAAGAUUUCAAAAGAGGGUCUUUUUCCUCCUUUGCCAGACGGGCAUAACUUUUUCUUUCCUGUUUGCCAGCGUCGUUUUCCUUGGGCAGGCACCGGACAACUACUGGUGCAGGAUCCCUGGGGCAGCUGAAUUAAGUGAACGAUGUGGCUGGACGCUGGAAGAGGAACGAUACUUCACAGUACUGCCCCUGCACCUGGGGAACGGGUCCUCCAGCGGAGAGUGCGAGAGGCUGGACGUUGUGUGGGACACCUCCACCAGCUGCGCCAGCCCGCUCUCCCACUACGGCAAUCUCAGUGCACGCAACCUGCUGCUUGCCACAUGCCACGAUAACUGGGUGUAUAAACAGCCCCACUCAUCCAUCACCAGCGAGUAUAACCUUGUGUGCGGCAAUGCCUGGAUGCUGGAUCUCUCACAGGCUAUCCUCAAUCUGGGGUUUCUGGCCGGCGCGUUCACCCUGGGCUACGCUGCAGACAGAUAUGGCAGAAUCCUCAUCUACCUGCUCUCCUGUCUUGGGGUUGGGAUAUGCGGUAUCAUAGUGGCAUUCGCGCCAAACUUUACUGUAUUUUUGAUCUUCCGUUUUCUCCAAGGUGUGUUUGGCAAGGGAACAUGGAUGACAUGCUACGUGAUCGUGACGGAGAUCGUUGGUUCUGACCAGCGGAUCAUUGGGAUUGCGAUUCAGAUAUUCUUCACCCUGGGAAUUAUGAUUCUCCCUGGAAUUGCGUACUUGAUUCCCACCUGGCAGGGGAUCCAGCUGGCCAUUUCACUGCCCAACUUCCUCUUCCUGCUCUACUACUGGGUGGUUCCUGAAUCUCCACGUUGGCUCCUGACACGCAGAAAGGGAGAGAAGGCAUUAAAAAUCAUGCACAACAUUGCAAAACACAAUGGGAAAUAUCUCUCACCACAUUACUCAGAGAUCACUGUUAGCAAUGAGGAGGUCAGCAACCCCUCCUUUCUCGACCUGGUGAGGACUCCCCGGAUGAGGAGGAACACGCUCAUCCUGAUGUACGCCUGGUUCACAAGUGCCCUGAUCUACCAGGGGCUUGUCAUGCGCCUAGGAAUUGUCGGAGGAAACCUCUACCUAGACUUCUUCAUCUCAGGAGCUGUGGAGCUGCCUGCCGCUUUCCUAAUUUUAGUGACAAUUGAUCGCAUUGGCCGGCGCCUUCCCUUUGGAAUAAGCAACAUUGUGGCAGGAAUUGCAUGCCUUAUUACUGCCUUCUUGCCAGAAGAUAUCCCAUGGCUCAAAACGACGGUCGCCACACUGGGAAGACUGGGCAUCACGAUGGCUUUUGAAAUCGUCUAUCUUGUGAACAUUGAACUGUACCCUACGACGCUGAGAAACUUUGGUGUUUCCCUGUGCUCGAGUUUGUGUGACCUAGGUGGGAUCAUAGCCCCAUUCCUGCUUUUCCGAUUAGCAGCCAUUUGGUUGGAGCUACCUCUAAUUAUUUUCAGUAUUCUUGCAGUUAUCUGCGGGCUCCUAGUAUUGCUUUUACCAGAGACAAAGGGAAUUUCCUUACCAGAGACAGUGGAGGAUGUGGAGCAGCUUUCAAGUCAUUUUGGUAAAUGUGGCAAGAAACGGAAACACCAGGACACCAACUCUUAUAUUUGACCUUUGAAGGACGGCACUGAACAAAGAACCCUGUUCCCAUAUUUGUUGUCCACCUGCCAUUGCUUCAAAAUUUGCUGCAGAGUAUGGAUUAAACUCCAUGUUCUUCUUCUAAGCAUAAAGAUGUUUAAAACAAGGAGUGUAUUUUUCUAUAAAUAUGGAAUAAAUUCAUUUUUUCUGAGUAUGCUGUUUGCAGGAA